GUUCAGUUUCCGUAUUUUUUUAGGGGAGGUGUUGAAAGGUAAACGAAUAUGAGUAUAUAUCAGUGAAUGUGGUUUCACGGAUGACGUUUGUGAUGCUUCGUCCCGCGGAAGAAUUUCCGGGGUUGAAGGAAACUCGAAGUGGGCGAUUCUAAUCCGGUCAUUCCUCUUGAGAACGUGAAGUACUUAAAUCAUGGGGGUUCCUACGACAUUCAACCCUUCGUGGUUUGUACAGCUGUUUCAUUCACGUCCUCAUUGGGAUAUCUCGUUGCGUGUCGUGAAUGACACAUUCGACCUUAAGAAUGAGAUGUACCGAGAGACUUUGGGCCUGUGGGGAUCCGUACCAGCGGUCGUCUUGAUCAUCAGCCUGAUCAUCCUCCUGUUCUACUUGUUGGCUUAUUGCUGCCGAAGAAAGACUGCUAAGAAGAAACGAUUUGAAUUCCUUCGAUGGGUUCUCAUGUUUUUCGGUUUGGUUUGUUGUGGUAUUCUGACCUGUGCGAUGUACGGAAGCCACUUGGCUCACAUUAGCAUUACCGACUUCGUUCAGAGUGUGGAAAAGAUCAAUCUGGGCUCAUCGAGCGCGAAGAAUCAAACUGAUGAAGUUGCUGGAAAAUUGCAUAAGGACGUCGAACCGAGAGUGGGAUUAUUGAGCGAAGAAUUCAGCCGUCAAGAUGGUGAUCCGAGGGUACGAAUUGCCAUCGAAGAGAUGUCUGGCAACGUUUCGGAAGCGAAGAACCGGAUCGCUGUCAUAAGUGGAAAAAUAAGUCACGCGGAAUACUCCGCCUUUACUACCCUUGUAUCCCAAAUCGAGAUGAUACGCGCACCAGUGACUCUGGCCUUGUUCGGUUUGUUCAUCCUUUUCUGCCUGAUUCUUAUGAUUGGUCUGAUCAAGAGAUCAAGGUGCACACUCAUGCUAUUCUCAGUUUUGGGGCUGGUCGCGACAGUCGUUUGCGGACUCCUGGUUUGCGCUUUUUUCGUGAUAGCGAUGGGAUUGAGCGAUAUUUGUCAGAGACCAGACGAAUUCGUCCUGAAUCAUUUAGGAGAAUACCCUCCGCCUGCAAUUGCGCAGUUUUACGUCAAGUGUCACCCUGUGGCGGACAACCCGUUUGAGCAAUACAUUUCUGAUGGCAUACGUGCUACUACCAAUAUCCAAACCUCCUUGAACGUCGUCUCUGAAAUAGCGGAAAAGUUCGGAGAUGACCAACGUCAGCAGCAUCGACAGCUUCAUCCAAACCUUGUGAAAUUGGGACAAGCUGUGAACGCCACUAACAACAGCAUUCGAAAACUCAACGAAGCGUUGCAGUGUCGUCCAAUCCAUAAGGAAUACGUUUUUGCGCUGAACAGCGGCUGCAAUGAUCUAAUAAAUUAUUUAAACACGGAGGAGACAGAUCCAUUUCUCCCCCAGGGAAAGCAGGCCAGGAGCAGUGGCCAAGCGGGUGCUGGUAGUCUCGGGCGUCGAACCAACAUCGCCAUGACCGGCAGUCUUGGACCCACCUAUCGAGCCAGGCAUUAUUCAAAUACUCACACUCCUCCUCAAACUCCUCCGUUUCCCAGCACUCUGAACGGAAGAAUGAUCGAGGCUGACCCUCGGUACGCAGGCUAUCAUCAUGCACAGUACCACGGGUACGCUACUCAAGCUCACCCUGGAGCGCAACCUGUGAGCAGCAUUUCCACCCUGCCCGGUCCGAACCACGGCCAAUACGCCACACUAUCUCGUCAUUGUAAAACGUUGGAGUCAUCCAGUUUCUACUGAACUGCGUCUCGUCUACCUCCGUUUUUGAACCCGCAGUUAUGAAUGCCUUUCUCACGCCGACGAUGGUUUCCUCAAAUAUUGUUUUUCUUCCUGACUUCUUUUUUGGCCGUUCCAAUAACCCGUUUCAUCCUUAUUUUGGUGCAUUGUUUUGGGAACAUGGAUCUAAAUAUUUGGACGAUUCGUCCAAUCGGGAAGAAGCGGCGAAUAGG